UUUCCGUAGGACGGCUACGAUUUAAGAUGAGGGAAACGCGCACAUUUCCAUUGAGAGAGUAGGUGAAGCAUUAGAAGAGAAGUCAUGUUUAUGUUCAACGUGUUUGUGCUGUUUUUUGCAGUCUUUAGUCAGUCUCAGGGUAGAUUUGUAUUGCCAUGCAAAUACCCGCAGUCACAAUGGUGCGAAUCGCGUGAGAUUGCAGCGGAGUGCGGGGUCCUGGAACAAUGCGGGAAGUUUAACAUGACAAAGGCUAGUGCUAACUCGGUGAAUGUUAGCCUUUACUACGAGUCCCUGUGUCCUGGAUGCAGACAGUUUCUUGUGACACAGCUCAUGCCAACUUUUCUUUUGUUGCAAGAUAUUAUGACUAUUGAACUGGUUCCAUAUGGGAAUGCACAGGAAAAACCCGACCACACAUUCGUAUGUCAACAUGGAGAGGGUGAAUGCCUGGGUAACAUGAUUGAAACCUGCUUGUUAAAUACAUAUGGCCUGGAUGCUGUUCUAAUUAUUUUCUGCAUGGAGUCUGCAGCAGAUGUUCUGCAAGCCGCCCAGCCUUGUCUUGGUAUCUAUAAGCCUGAAGUAAAAUGGGACACACUUAUGGAGUGUGUGAAGGGAGAUCAGGGCAAAAAGUUUAUGCACGAAAAUGCAGUGAAAACAAGUGCUCUGAAACCUCCUCACGAAUAUGUGCCUUGGAUCACCAUUAACGGAGAGCACACUGAAGAUCUUCAGAAUAAAGCUAUGUCUUCUCUCUUCGCUCUUGUGUGCAGUUUGUACAAGGGUGAAAACGCAGCUCCUUGCACUCUUGGGAUGGGAAGGAAAACCAGCAGUUACUGCAUGAACUAAAUCAGUCGAUAAAUGCGAUAAAAGCACUACCCAGAAUGCAACCGCUGUAUGAAACGUUUAUGAAUUCUGUCAUGUACUAUUUUUAUGGUCGGCUAAGAAACUACAGGUGGCUACAUGAACAUAGUUUUGUACGAUCAACCUUUUUGUAUCAAUAAACACAUUUUACUGCAACAUUUA